AUGACAACCUCACCUUCGGAAGUAUCUUUUAUGUGUGUAUUCAAGGUACAUGCAAAGAAAAAAUUCAAAAACAAAAAACAACUUGAUAUUCAAGAUGAAGAGGACGAUGAUUAUGAUGAAGAUUUAGUUCAGUAUGAUCUAUCAUUGAAAAAGAAUUUAAAUAGGAAAAGAGAUCAUCCACCAGCAAAACAACCAAUUUAUCAUUCACAGUCUAAACCAAACAUGAAUGGUGUACACCAUCCCCAAGAGCAGGUUAAUAUUAAAAAAGAUAAUGAUUAUUUUCCAAUUAAUUGUCCAUCCAAGAAUAAUAAUCUUAUUGGAAAAGAUAAGGAUAUUAAUAAAAAUAAUGAUCUAAUUGGUUCGGAUACUAACAACCCUUGGUGA